UACUUCCGUUUUUUUGUGUGAGGGGGCGGAUCCUGUCUGCCUUGACGACCACAGUGACGACAAGCAACCGCCAAAAUCAAGCAUUUGUCAGCGGAGGAGCCACAGUUUCAUUCUCCGGGGACUGUUUGUCAAACAUAAUCAAGAUAUCGAACAUCUCAAAGGAUGGAGGCAGCGGGAGAUAACACUGUGGAGCUAGCUUAGCCGUUAGCUUGUUUUUUGCGCACUGCUAACGCCAGCUCGUGCACCCGUCGUCGACGCUUUGGUGACAACAUGGCGAAUAACUUGACUUCCGCAGGCGUUUUAAGUCAGCUGUCUGCGCUGGAGUUGCAGGCAAGGAGCCGGAAAGCUCAACUCGGGCAGCGGAGUCGCGUGAAGGAGCUGAGGGCCCGAAUGGAGGCGCUGACCGCCCGGAGAGACCUGCUGAGAGCGCACAUCCAGACGCUCAAGGAUGUUCAGAAGCACAAGACGGGCCUGGAAGAGCGAGGCGAUAGCGGUGGCGAUGGAAUGGAGUCUGAGGAUCCAGGGAAGUCCCAGGUCCUGCAGCUGAUGGCCAGGCAGACACAGCUGAGAGAGCUUCUGCACGCUCAUCACGUGAUCGGAGGCUACGACAUCGUCCAAACCCGCCAGGGCAAAGGCGUGUGCGUGACGCUGGCGACGGCCUACGAGGGCGUGUACUUGGACUCCUUCCAGCUGGAGAUAGACCUGAGGCCGACACUGAGGAUCCGUCGCCACAACGUGCCCCCGUUCAUUCCCCUGGGCCCCCUCACAGAGUGCAGCCAUUUGCAGGCCGACGUCAGGGGCUUCCUGGACACGCUCGGGACGCAUCUCAACGCCUUCGCUGGACGCAAGCAGCAGCUGAAGCUUGUUAAGGAGCUGCACACGUCUGUCCAGGUGAUGGAGAGCAACGUGUUGUGUUCCAUUCUGGUGCUGAUGCUGACCACGCCCACAAAGAACACGGCCAUGCUGUGCUCCUUGGACUACACGGACCACGCCAGAUGUCUUCCCACACGCGUCCGCUUCCACUGCCAAGACGAGGAGCUUCCAGAUUCUCCUGCGUGGAUGAAGAACAGCAGCCUCCUCAUUGAGACGCCGGUCCACAGAGCUUUGGCCAGCAUGAAAAAGCUGGGUCAUAUUGUUUAGUUCACGCAGCAAGCCAACACAUUGCUGAUAAUAAAAUG